AUGGAAGGGCCACGGUCCGAAAACCUGAGGUAUUGCAUCCUCAACAUUCUAUUGACGUGGAUUUUCUCACACGACAAUCUCAAUGUCUUUGAUUUUUCGCACCGGCCAUCCUUCGAGGCCAUCACUGCUGGGGACAUAUCCCGGAUUGAUUCGUUUUUGAACAAGCACUUCGCCGGCCGACAACUGCAUUUGGCUGAUGUUUGGCAGCAAACUUUUCUCCUGAGUCAAAUCCUCGCAAAUCCGGAGUCUGAAAACGGCGGGAGCAAAGGAUGGACGAGACGUUUCAACUGGUUAAUGAACGCGGCCAUUGUCUUCCUCGGUGCAGUCUCAGGAACCCCCAACAGGGACUUUCUUCAGCCCCGGGCCCUGCCAAUGGAGGCAAUGUCGAAAUGGAUUUCUCGACGAUUCAAUGUCCCGUUUACGGUCCAGGACCUUGAGUACCAUAUCACCCACUGGGUCAUUAUACUCUCUAGCUGUGCCGGCGAGGCGCAGCACACCCUGCUCCCCUGCACUCCCAGAGUGGACUGGACCAUGGCCAAGUACCUGAGAGUCCCCUUGUCUCCUUUGUCGCCCAAGAUUUCGGAGCACUUGUGUGGCGAAUACAAGUCCUUCCACGAAGAGGUGGUACAGUGGUAUCCGCCUCGUGUGUGGGGGAACCGUAUCACGCCCAUGUCGCCGUACGAGGCGAAAACAGACAUCUUCUUCCACUUCGAGGCAAAUAUCAUCGACCACUAUAUCUCGCACGAACUGCGUGUGAGGCAAUUGCCAUAUUGCGGCUCCGGUGCCUAUCGCCGCGGGCAGUUUCCUCUUCCGCAUGACGACGCCAUGUUGAUAGCAAAUUGGGUUCGGGGACGCGUGGGAAAGAGGGACGUGAUUCUCGCUGGCGUAUCAUCGGGUGGGAACCUGGCCGCUGCGACCGCGUUGGCCUGGUCGGCAAAAGGAUGUCCACCGGUGGGGCUCCUCCUUGUCGCUCCCAGCUUGGACAACACGUUCGAGUGCGAGGAACGAUGGAAGGAGUACUGGGACGCGCCCUGGCUCACGCCGGAGACCAUGCGAUUCUUCCAGAGCCGAUGCUUCACUGGUCCUGGGGACCGGUCCCGGGACAAUUGGCGCGCCAGUCCCAUCUACGCCGACCAGAAGACCCUUGAGUCCAUGCGUUCCUUUCCGACCAAGAUCGUGGCCAUGACCGGCGACAUCCUGUUCAGAGAAAGCCUCGACUUUGCGUCGCGUCUCGAGGAGGCGGGCUGCCCCACCACACUGAGCGCCUUUCCCUAUGGCCACACCGGGCUGUUGAUGCAGGGCAUCAUGGGGCCGGCUUUGCUCGAAGACCUGAUGGAGUGGAUCAACCAACGAGCACGAUCUGUCCAGGACCCCGGGACAAAGUAA